AUGGAGACGCGAGCGCGCGAUCGAGCGGAUUCGAACCCGGUUCCAUCGGAAGUCCGCCGAGUCCCCUCACCUCUCGGCGACGCGCGUUCGUCGGACGCCACCGGACCCGCGACCGCCGCCGAGGUUGGCGUCGCCGGCGAUGGGCCCAUGCGCGCGCCGAGGGGGGGCGUCGCGCCGGUGUACUCGACGCUGAGCGCCGACGGACGGACGGUGGAGUCGUUCGACGGCCCGGGCGUCCCAUACGCGCACAAGUUCACCAGCGUCAGGAGCACCGCGGGGGGAGCGCCCCGAGGCAUCGCCACCCUCGGAGGCGUCGUCGCCACCGACCUCAUCUGCUGGGACCACUACUUCGGACGCGCGUGCGGCGGCGUCGGGGACGAUCCGAAGGAGGUCCCAGGAUCGAUCCCCACCGCGGCCGGCCCGCCGUGCGGGCUGUGCCACGACCUCGGCGACGUCACCACCGUCUGCAGCGGCCGGAUACGCGAAGCCCUGGGGCAGCUCAAGGUGGGCAAAGCGGUGAGGCGCGGACGCAGUUUUUGUCGCUGGGGAGACGGGUGCACGAAGCGGCACCCGUCUGACGAGCACGUUCGCUCCACGCUGUUCGAGUGGUACAAAGCCAACAAAGCCAACGAUGCGAAUGGGGAACCGGAGUGGUCGGUGACGGGCGCGGGCGCCGCGAGGUUCAGGGCCAAGGACGACGACGGGCGAGCGUCGGCGACGUCGCGCAUGGAAAACGUCGGCGAAAAAAAUGACGGAAAAAAACCGACAACCCAGACGACGGCUGUUGGCGACCGCGCUCGUGAAACCCUCUCAACAGAGGAAACCCUCUCGCAGGAUGAGGAUCCGCUUCUUCUGGAGGAAACCCCGGAGAGACGCGAGCGCGCGAUCGAGCGGAUUCGUGCCCGGUUCCAUCGCAAGUCCGCCGAGUCCCCUUACCUCUCGAGGUUCACGUCAGAGCCCUUCUUUGACGUUUUGGUUGCCGAUCCGCGAACGCGGCGGCUGCUUUCGCACAAAAAGUCGCACAAGGAGGUGACGGAGGCGUACGGCACGUACGAGCGCGUGCGCGAGCUGCUCCCGCGACUCGACCCCACGUGGAGUCACCUAAAGCCCGAAACGGUCGUUGAAACGGUCGUUAAAACGCCCGGACCGGGACCGGUGAUAUUCGACGCGUGCAGCGGAAGAGGCGUCACCGCGGCGCUGCUGUCCUUUUGGUUCCCCGACGCCAAGAUCGUCAUGAUGGAUUCCAACGGCGCGAUGGACCUCUCGCACGUCCGCGCGCUGCCCAAUCGAAACGUCGUGUUUCGCCACGUGGACCUUUACGGCGCCUCCGUCGUCGAGGUCAUACGCAAGGAGACGGCGGGGGAUGGAAAUUAUUCCGACGGAGAAGGACUUCAGAAGCGUCGGCGAACGGCCGUCUUGGUGGGAACGCACCUCUGCGGCGCGCUGUCCCCGCGACUGAUCGACCUCUGCUUCGGGUUGGACGAGGUUGACGGGAUGGUGCUGUGCCCGUGCUGCAUCAAGGGGCAGCUCGGCGGGGAUUGCAUGCGAGCCGCGAAGAAGAGGGGCGUGUCCGCGUACGUGGUUCUGUGCGAGACGUUCGCGAGGUUGUGCGAACGGGAGGUUGGUCUUUUUUAUGGGACGAAGAAAGAGGAGGUUGGUGUGGGCGAGAAGAAAGAGGAGGUUGGGGUGGGCGAGAAGAAAGAGGAGGUUGGGGUGGGGGAGGUGGGAUUCGAUCCGGGGACGGUCGGGUCGGUGUCCGUUCGCGCGGACCCCGGGGUGUGCUCCCCGGUGAACUGCUUCAUAACCGUCGCGAAGGGCGCGGGCGGCGCGUGCGGGGCGUGUUGA